AUGGCGUCUCUUGUUGGGCUUGCUGAGUCGAACCUCUCAUACUAUUCGGUUCCCUUGACUUACAUACUUGCUUUCAUCCCACAUGUCUACGCCAAUACAAUUGCGGGUGACAAAUAUGACGUGGCCGAGCCUCGUAGGCUCCUGGAUGCUGUGUCAGGCGACGAGCGUCUCGACAAAAGGAGAAUUCAACGUGCCAAAGCUGCCCACGACAAUGCGACUGAGACCCUGGGUCUGUACGCUGCAGGUGUUGUAGCUGCGAACUCGGCGGGGGUUGGCAAGCCAACGCUGGAUGUACUGUCUCUGACAUACCUCUUUUCCAGAGCGGCAUACACUCUCAUCUACGUCAAAUUACAGGACAAUCGCAAAUGGGCGCCGCUGAGAAGUCUCGUAUGGAUUGUUGGAAUGUGUAUCAUAUCCUCUCUAUGGAUCAAGGCGGGAAAUGCGAUGAAGUAA